CGAGGGGGGGCCAGAUGGUCGAUGAACAGAACGCUUGGUCCACAGAGAGAACCUCGAGAACGACACUGUAACUGCAUGCCCUGGUCCAGGGAAUCCUCUCCUGUUUCGACUGCGAGUAUCCCCGGACACGCUGCCAGUACCACCAUCAGGAAUCACCAUCACCAAUCUUUAUCUUUGUAUCCCAUCAUUGGCGGACCGAAAACCCUUUACAUUCGCCGCUAUUAUAUGUUAUUCGUCCUUUGCACGUCAUCGGCUGUUUUUAUGUUUCCCUUCCUGACGAGGUUGACGCACUCAACAGUCAUGUCCCAACCUCUUCAACCUUCUUCCCCGCAUCCGGGAGCUUCGUCCCCUCGUCCACCUUCUGCCACGGGCGAGAAGACGAAGCACAGAGAACAGCCCCGCAUCCGCCGGAGGAACCGUCUGAUUACCUCCUGUUUGGAAUGCCGCCGUCGGAAGCUCAGGUGCGACAAGCAGCAACCAUGUACGAAUUGCGAGAAGUUCUCCCGAGACUGCCUCUUCAUCACCCCGGCUCUGGACGCGGCCGGUCAGGCUAAGCUUGCCGAAGUCAAGGAGAAGAUGGGCAUGCUCGAAAAGACACUGGAGGAAGACGUCGCCCGCAGAAGCACGGGUCAAAGCAAGUCACCUUCAACUCUGGGAGUGCUAGUGUCCACCCCUCUUCCGGGACAAGGGGACUCUGCCAGCGACCAGGAGGACGAUGAAGAUGUGAAGGGCCUCGAACCCACGUCACUGGCCGUCGAAGAUUGCGCCUAUUAUGAAGAGGAAGGCAACGACGAUGUCGUAGAUCUCGGCAUCUCGAUGGGAAGACUCAGGGUCACAGAGAGAAUCGGAGGCUUUGUGAGGCCGAGAUUCUCUGAAGAGCUCGCUCAAGGCCUCCAAGCACUCCACAGAAAGCAUGCUCAAAAUCCCUUCGCGGCGCAAUCUCAAGAGCAGUGGAUGGCCCCAAGUCGCGAUUACGUAGCGCCAUCGUCGGGCUUCUUCUUUGCUCCUGGCAUCCACAAGACGUCGCUUACAACAUACCUCCCCUCGCAGGGUUUGGUAGACAGGUUGAUGGACCACUACUGGAAGGCUGUCCAUGUCAUCGCUCGCACUGUGCACCGUCCAUCAUUCGAAAGACACUAUGACAGGUUCUGGACUGACAUUGCGGCUGGCGUGGAGCCCAGAGCAUCUUUCCAGGCUGUCCUUUUUGCUGCCCUGCUCUCCUCCGUCAUCAGCAUGUCCGAGGAAAAACUCCAUGCUGACUUCGGCGUCGCGAAGACCGACUUCGUAGAGAACUUCAAGCUGGGAACAGAGGCGGCUUUAGCAAGAGCCAAUUUUCUUCGCACGACCAAAUUGGAAACAAUCCAAGCUUUUGUGAUGUACUUGAUACCACUAUGUCGCGCCGAAGUUUCUCGUGCCCAUAGCGCACUAGUUGGCACAUGCAUACGCUUGGCUGAAUGUAUGGGCCUCCACCGUGACCCAUCCUUUUACACAUCCGAUCCGGUCGAAAUUCAUGUCCGUCGCCUGAUAUGGCAUCAGAUCUGCUUCCUCGACAUCCGCACCUGCGAGUCCACCGGGCCACGUCCACAGAUCAGGCGCGACGAACACGAUACUAAAUUUCCGCUCAAUGUCGACGAUGUUGACCUGGAGAGCGGCGUUGAGAUCACCGAGGAUCGAGUCUACUUCACAGACAUGACCAUUACACGGAUGCGAUUCGAGUGCAACGAAAUGCAACGCCAACUCUGGGUCGACAGACCAAGAUUGGAAGCGAAGAAAACCACGUUAACGGCUUUGCUUUCCAAAAUCCAGAAUUUUUGUCAAGCCAUGGAACGGAAAUGGCUUCCGCUGUUGAAUAAGAGUCAUCCGCUUCACGUGUUGGCAAUGGAAAUCUACGGCAUCCUUUCGUGCCGGAUGUAUAUCAUGAUAUUGCAAAAGUUCGCUUCUAAUGAGCAUAGGCUCAUGCCGGAGCGCCUCCGCCAGCUCACCAUCUCAACAGCACUCAGAACAUUGGAGAACAGUAUGACAAUCGAGGAAACGCCUGCGUUGGCUGAUUGGGCUUGGUACAUUGGUGCUCUACACCAGUACCACACCGCACUGCUCCUCCUUUCGGAAGUCUAUGCAAAGGAACGAGACCCAGUCGUCGAAGCACGUGUCUGGCGAUGUCUGGACUUCGUCUUUGGCCUACCAUCCACGCUAUCUAAUGCGGAAAAGCUCCGCAUGGUGCUCGAAGAAUUGGUUGAGAGAACCAGAGCCUAUCAGUCCGCGCGACGAUUUCGUGCUCCGGCAAGAAUGGAGCAUGUGGGUCGACGGCAAUUUCCUGGAGGCGAUCACACACAGCACGAGGGGGAUGGAACAGUGGACCGUGGAAAUCGAAGCUCAUCUGUACAUUCAGGUACGAGCUCGUUCAGUAUCAGCAGCGGUGGCUCACCGUCCCACUACCAACCUCAUCAGCAGAGCCUCCAGCAACCGCAGCAUACAUCACCACACCUAGGCAACUUGGGACAAAUAGCCCAAGCAGAAUAUGGCGCCCCCUUUGGGCUCUCAGGCGCAGACACUAGCGGUGCGAUGUCCAGCACUGCCACUGAUGCACAUGGCUUUACCGGCUUUCCUCCUGGUCAGCCAAGUGUGACAAUGAGUAUGCCCCCGCUGCACCAGAGCAUGGAUCCAAAUGGUAGCAGUGCCACAAUGCAUGCUCAUGCCCAGGCUAGUGGGGGCAGUCCUAUGGACACUAUGCCGGAGAUUGACUGGGUGAGUAGCCAUUCUUCGCAUCACGAUUACCACCACUACCAUCAUGAUCAUGAACACUACCGCCAUGUCUCUCCUUAUCACUAUCAUUAGACUUCACGCAUAUGUUUUAUUUUGUUCAAUACCCCUUCCUGCCUCUCUGCCAAUAGAUUCAAAUAACCCUAUUCUUGCUGCACAUCUCGUACCACUUCAAUUCUAAAUAAGUCGUCUUCGUAUAACCGCAUUCAAGCAU